AACAAGAUGAUGAGUAGAAAUUUAUCCAAUGAUUAGAUUCUAAAAAUUUAAUGAAAAAUUUGCAAAGAAGCCCUUGAAUUAAGUACAAAUUCUGAGGAAAAAGGGUGUUGAAGUGAUUUUUCAAUGAAAAACCAGAGGUGAGAGAUUCUGCGAUUGCCUCGUCAAACUAUUUGGCUUGGCUAUGUCCUCACUUAUGCCCCCUCCACUCAAUUUUCUUGCCAUUUUUGUUUAAACUACCUUAUUACUUUCUCUCUCCUCUUCUAGGGUUAUUUUCGCCCCCUUUUCUCAUCGGCGAUACUCCUAUCUGUCUCUCUCCUCUCAUUCGGUCGUUAGCAUUCAAUUUUUUAUUUCAAUUCAGUUUUCUUUUAGGGUCAAGAUUGUUCAUUUUACUCAGAAGUGGUGGGAUUCCUUGCCUGAUUGUCGGGUGAAUUUUGGCAAUGAUGGAAGGUAACAACCAGAUUAACUGCAACAACAAUAACAGUAGUAAUAGCAAUCGAGUUCCUUUAAUGGAUGAUGGAGAGCUUGAAUUUUCAAACCAAGAGCUCCUUUCUAGUGCAAACAUUGGCGAGAUUCCCAGUAGUGGAUCAAUGGAUAGUUUCUUUGACGAACUACUGAGGGAUACUCACGCUUGUACUCAUACCCACACUUGUAAUCCCCCCGGGCCUGAUUUAUCUCAUACGCACACGUGUUUUCAUGUGCACACAAAAAUCUUACCCCCUUCCAGUGAAGAGAAAAGUGGGAACAAUGAUGAUUCUGCUGAAUCCGGGGAACAGAAAUCUAGGAAACGUGGGAGGGAGAGAGGGGGUAAUAGAGAAGCUGUUCGCAAGUAUCGGCAAAAGAAGAAAGCACAUGCAGCCUCAUUGGAGGAUGAGGUUGUGAAAUUGAGGGCUUUGAACCAGCAAUUGCUAAAGAGGUUACAGGGUCAGGCUGCAUUGGAAGCUGAGAUUGCCAGGCUUAAGUGUCUGCUUGUUGACAUUAGGGGAAGAAUUGAAGGGGAAAUCGGCUCUUUUCCAUAUCAAAGGCCAGUCAAGAGUGGGGAUAUGUAUCAGAAUAUUGCCAACAAUAAUAACUUUCCUGGUUCUUACAUGAUUCCGUGCAAUGCUCAGUGUGGUGAUCAAAUUUAUUGUCUCCAUCCCGGUGUCGAUGGAAAAGCUGGGGAAGGGGCAAACAUAGAUGCUCAGUGUGAGUAUGAGAAUUGCAUGGCUAGCCUAGGAUCUGCACCAAAGGACCUUUUAAGUUGUGGCACAACAAAUAUAACAUCCACUGGUGGUUCAUCUGGUAAUGCUAGGAGAAAAAGCUAACCAUGCAGCACUUGCAAGCUACUUGGUUACUGUUGAUGCCAAGGAGAUGUGAAGUCGGGACAUAUAUUUUGCUCCUCUUGUUUUCUGAUUAUCCUCUUCUGUUCUGUUCAUGUGGAUCUAUCUUCUGUACUAUGUUCUUUUGUUUAGUGGAGUUGUUUAUCCAACCUUUUUGUAAUCUUAGAACAUACUUUGCUUAGGACUUGUAGUUGCUGGUUCGUUCUGUUUUUUUUUUCUUCUUUUGAUAAUAUCUUUAUGUCUUCCGUGAAUAAUAUGUUUGUUUAACUUGAGAUUAGAACUUAUAAUCUAUCAAGAAGCUCCAAGAUUUUCAUCUUUCUGUGA